GGAGAUCCAGGGCCGGUUGGUCCAUCAGGUCCUGCUGGAGAACCAGGGAUAGGCAUUGCAGGGCCGAAGGGUGAAAUAGGGUUACGAGGACCCAUUGGACCUCCAGGGCUGAAGGGAGAAGGCUAUCCCGGCCUACCUGGGCCACCAGGUCUGCCAGGUCUUACAGGAGAGACUGGGCCAGAGGGAACAGGUUUACCUGGACCAAAGGGGGAUCGAGGCCCUUCAGGUUCCCCAGGGCCUGCUGGAGCACCAGGUCUUGGGCAAGUGGGCCCAAAGGGCUCCAUUGGUCAGACUGGUCCAGCUGGUCCUCCAGGAUUACCAGGAGAGGGCAUACAAGGACCAAAGUUGUCAGGCUGUGGCCGGAUUUGCAGAGUGCGGCCUCUGGAGCUGGUGUUUGUGAUUGACAGCUCUGAGAGCGUCGGCCCGGAAAACUUUGAGGUCAUUAAAGACUUUGUGAACACCUUGAUCGACCGCGUGUCAGUCAGUCCAGAGGUCACGCGUGUCGGCGUGGUUCUCUACAGCCACAUUAACCUGGUGAUCACAAGCAUACAAGAGCGCUUAAGUCGUGAUGAAGUGAAAGCAGCCGUGCGCAGGAUGCCCUACAUUGGGGAGGGCACUUACACAGGAAGUGGCAUCAGAAAGGCCAAUGAGAUCUUCCGCUUUGCUCGGCGCGGUGUGAGGAAAGUGGCUGUGGUUAUUACAGACGGCCAGACGGAUCAUCGGGACACGGUGAAGCUGGAGGAUGCGGUCAGAGAGGCCCAUUCAGCCAAUAUCACCAUGUUGGCUAUAGGGGUGGUGAAUCAAAGCGACCCCAUCUAUGAUGAUUUUAAGCAGGAGCUGAAGUCAAUAGCGUCGCCGCCCACUGAAGAGCACGUGUUUUCCAUAGAGGACUUCAGAAUGCUUCCUGGUAUGUUUGCUGAUUUGCAAAAAAAGGCCUAAUAUAUAUGUUAUUAGCUUUAAUGCACUUAUCAAAUAGCACCAGGUGCAGUUGGAGAGUUGUUCCCCUACUAUGAUCCCAAAGCGGACGGAACUGACAUUUUAGGCACUAUAGCACCAUAUUUGGAAAGAGACGAGCUGAACCUCCUCCCAGAUUUCUCUCUCACGCCAUUGGACCGGCCCAAACAGGACACAUACGGGACUGACCCACCGCUGCUCAUACAGGAUGAUUUUACACCAGACGAGGGAUGCCUUCAGCCUCUGGAUCCCGGUCCGUGUCGAGAGUAUGUUGUUAAAUGGUAUUUUGAUCCAAAAGCCAAUUCAUGUGCUCAGUUCUGGUUUGGAGGUUGCCAAGGCAACAAAAACCAGUUUGACACUCAACAGGCCUGCAGAAAAUCCUGUGUGAAAAUGUAAGUCUUAUCAUUAGAGCACUGAACCGAAUACUAAAAGAGGCAUAAAGCUAAAAGGGCUCUUUAUUAUUGAAAUAUACAUACGCUUUUAAUAUUCAACAUUUAAAAUAAUAAACAUUUUUACUGUGAACAUUUUAAAAAACUAAACUUGAACAAUCUACAAAUGCAUUAUUUGCAUAUAUAGUGGCCACAAGAAGUAUUUACACAAGGUUAAGUAAAAAAAAAUUCAUUGCUUUAUAUAGAAAAUAUCAAGUGUUUUUAUUUGAAAGAAAUGUAUGAAUAAUUCUUGAUAAGAAAGAGAAAAUGCACUGAUAUUCAGACAUUAUUUUGAGCAAAAAUACUAUUUCUUGAUGUGGGAAAUGAACAAUAUUCCAACAGAUAAACAGUCUGUAAUCUUUUACCAUCAAAUGUUCUCAUAUAAACUAGUUUUUGGUCCCAUUAAACAUCUUUGUAGGUUUUUUUUAAAUAUUUGUGACCCU